AUACAUAAACAUUGGAAAGUGGAAAGGCAAGAUCUUGGCCAUGUAGUGAUCUGAAUCCUGCAUAAAACACAUCCAGAGGCUGGUAUGGGGGUUUCAGGGAGAUGUGGACAUCUCCUCGGACACGGUCCAUCAUUCUAGAUGCCACCUAUGAGUGGACUGUGACCCAGUCACUGUGCAGGAGCUCAGUUCACUUGACUAAUAAAGUAGCUCUUGCACAGUCAUCGAAUCAGGUUGGUUUUGUGUGUGCUUCUUCUUAGACCGUGUGAGUCAGCCAAUGCUAAAUGGUCCCCAGUUUUAAUCCCUUCAGACCACAGCUUGGAGAACCAGACAUUAAUCUUUUCAUGGCAUUUCCUCUAUUCAACAGAAGCAGUAAUCUUUCUCUUUUAACAUAUAGAAUUAUUUGGUGCCCUUAAAAAUGUUCUUGAAAUAAAAUGCAAGACUGUUUCCUCACCAUCUUCAGAGAAUGACUGCAGUUAGAUUUAAGUUAAUAUGUGCAGUCCAGGAAAAAUUUUUCUGGCAUCGUCUGUCCCCUGGAUGUGCUCAAUUCUGGCCGACAUCUGACCAUAACAGUGCUGCUUCCUUGAGGAGUUGCCUGAAUGGCAGAAGAGGUUUGUGUCUGCUACAACUUCAAAAUGGAACAUGUUUUGGAGACUAUUACAGCUGGGGGAAGUCCUAGAAAUUAUCUGAAGCCAUCCUCCCCUUUAGAAAGACAACUGAAGCCUGAUGCUGUAGCCCUGAGGCUCACAAGGAGGAGUUGGGCCCUGCCUUCCAAACCCUGGAGAACAGAAGAUUCACCAUCCCCCAAAUCCUGGACAGGGAUCAUGGUGUGUGUGUGUCUGGGGGAGGGGUGCUCUGGAACCACGGAAGAGCUAGUGACUGAAAAUCCUUGUGUCAUUGGCCCUCAGGUUCAUGCUAUGUCUGAGCCCUUUGUUCAGCUUGGUAAUUUCUUUGAGUACGAAACUCUCAAAGACAGUGCUGGUGUCUCCUGCAAUUCGAGCAGACCCACACUAGCAGAGAAGAGCACCCUUCGGAAGGUUUUCCUGGAUGACUGCCUCUUGUUCUGGCUUCCACUGCAGCAAUUGCUUGGAUCCAUGAGUCAGAUGCCUAAUUUCUUUAAGGAACAAUUGUCUGGCCACACCUUGGGCAUUCUCUUCCAUUUUGAAGUACUGUGGGUCAGGACUUUGGCAUAUGAUUAUGCAAUUCAACCCAUGACACCUGAAGCAUUUCUGUCCUUCAGCUAAGACUCUGUUUUAACUCCAGAAACUCUUGACUAAGGCCGCUGCUCUCACCAGAGUCAAAUUUUAAAAGACUAGAAACAAGAGGCUCAAUUGUGAAAGGCAGGGACAAGGGCAGAGAGAAUAGGCAUGAGGGGCUCAAGGGGGAGACUUAGACCCAGACCUCCGUGUGCAGGAACAGGCCCUUUCUCUGUAACACCCAUUCAGGUUGCCUGACCCCCUGGCAGAAGCCUCAGGCCCUCACUUCCUGAGCUACUGGAAACUAUCACCCUGUGGAUACCUCCCCCAGGUCAGUCCACAGAAACAGCCUGCCUCAGCUCUUUGAUGGGUUUCUGUCUUUUUGGGUUUUUUGUUGUUGUUGUUGUUGGAUUUGGUGUAGUUUGGUUUUUGUGGAAAUACAUUCAGUUCUUUCAUUAUUUAUGGCUAUGUGAUUUUUGCCCUCUAUCUCACGGCUGCAAAACCAAUAUAUGUGACGAGCCAUUUCCUUUCCAAGUCAGAGAAGCCCAGAUCCUCUACCUCUGUCCUCUUUUUUUGAAGAUUCCACCAUUGCUGCCACACCAACCCAUCAGCAGAAGAGACCAAAGAGAAAACAAACAAACAAGGAAUGAUUUUGCAUCCCAUCUACCCCCAGCUUCCUUAUUCCUGUGCAGAGAACAUGGAACAGAAGCGGGGACUCGGGUGUGCUCCUGCUGUCUGGAGGGAAACUGCAUUGUUAACUGUCUUUGCCUUGGUGGCCUAACCCAACAACAGAGAUGUGGAGAUGCAGUGCAUACUCUCCCUUUCAGCCAGCUCUUCUCUCCUCGAGCCCUUCUGCCUAGGUGUGACGUUUCCCUCACGUGAUCCGUAGGAAGUAUUUUAGAAACUAUUUUAGAUCUCAGCCAGUUCCUUGCCUGUGAAAACUGGCCAUGAGAGAAGAUAGCUUCUCAGAGCGUUGACGCACGUUCCACUGCCUCUUCUGGGCUCCAUGAAGCUAACUGGGAGUGGAAGCUGGUGAAGAAGGGGGAUCCCUAAUUAUCCCUAGAAUAAUUGCGACCCUCUGAGGGUCACAAUUAUGAUUGAUCACUGCGGGGUCCUAUACGCUGUGUGUUGCUUUUCUGCUAGUCCUGCUUUUAGAGGCCUCCUCUAAGUGUAUUUAUUCAAUGAAGAUUAGCUGCACAUCUACUGUGAAAUAGACACUGCCAAGCACUAGGGCUGUACAUAAACAGUUUUGCCCUUAAAGAUGUUUGCCCCUAACGUUCUACACAUUUAUAAAAGAAUACUAACAGGACCAGAAAGACAGUAUUUCAAAUUCAUUUGUUCUUUAUUGCUAUUGAAACAAACACACAAAAAGUAUUCAAGAAUUUGAGGAAGAUUAGAAAAAUGUUUAUCUAGAAGCAAAAGGAAAAAAAGACGUAGGUGGGAUUUCUGGAUUCAAGUAUAACUUACAAGAAUAGCCUGAACAAUUUCAUCUCCAGGAAAAUGAACCAUAAUCAACCAUUCACUGCAGACAACGAACAAAGCCUUCCCGAUCCCGUACAUACAGGUCCUUCAGGAAAAGCAGAUCAGGCUGGCUUGGCUCCUGCAGGGAGAACUUGACUUUCAGCAUGCACAAGUAUGGGGCCAGAAGUAUAGUCAGGGGUACAGUGAUUCCUAGCAUGCCUGAGGCUCUGGGUUCAUGCCCUAACAUGAGGCAGCAGACAGGGUUAAGUGUGUGUGUGUGUGUGUGUGUGUGUGUGUGUGUGUGUGUGUGUGUAUGUGUAUGUGUGUGUAUGCAAUAAAUAAUCAGAAACAGCUCCUGUGACUAAUUAAGGCUCCUUGAGCUUUUUAAAAAAUAAUAAAAUUUAAAAAGAGAAGCUCUUAUGCUUUUAGAAACCCAAAAUCCAAGCUUUGAGAAUGGACCAAACUGAAGUGAAAAAUAAAUGAAGCUGUUUAAAUGCAUCAGCUACAUGGCUCCUGCUGCUGGGGGCUGGUUAAGAAACAAUCUGGCUGGAGUAUCCAUCAUUCAAACCAAUGAGUCAGGAGUCAUCCUGCCCCAGGGUCCUACUCCCAGAAGCACGAGGACCAGGCUGUGUCACAGAGAUGUCAGGAAAGCGUGGGGAGAGAGGCCACUGAGGAUGUUCCUAGAAAACACUGUAAAUUUAUUUUCUUCUUAGCUAGGAGGAGGGAGGGCAUAGAAAGGUGGAUGGAAGGAAGCUACGGUAUUCAGAGAUUCUCCGAGCAUCUCUCCCAUAGCUCUGCAUCUGAUGCUCAAAUAAAUCUUUUUGCUUGUU